AUGGGGUUCUUCCUUCUAGUAGUUAAUUGUUCAAACAAUAUUAUAAGUAAUAAUAAUAACAAUAAAAAAAUAAAAAAUACACAUCAUAAUAGUAAAAUAAUAUACGAUAAUAAAAAUAAUGUAAAUUUUAAAUUCAAUAAAAUAUCAAAUAAUAUUAAUAAAAAUAAGCAACAAUAUAGCGGCAAUCAUAAUUUAAUUAAUAUAAAUAAAAAUAACAAAGAAGAUUAUGACUAUUUAAAUUAUAAAUAUGAUGUUUCUAAUAGUGAUAUUUCAGAAAAUAAUCUUGAUAAUCUAUAUGAUAAUCUAGAUUUAGAAUCAGAAGAUUAUAUACAAAUAAAAGAUAAGCAAAAUAGUAAUAAUUUAAAUUAUAAUAAUAAUAAUAAAAAGUCAAAUUUAAAAUUUAAUAAAAAUAAUAAAUUUAAAAUUAUUCAGUUUACAGAUUUACAUUAUGGAGAAGGAGAAAAUCUAUCAUGGGGUCCAGAACAGGAUAUUAACAGUUCACGUGUAAUGAAUACUAUAUUAGACAAAGAGAAACAAGUUGAUUUAGUAAUAUUUACUGGCGAUUUAAUAACUGGGAAUAACAUUAUAGACAAUGCCACUUUAUAUUGGGAAAAGGCUAUUGGUGUAGUUAAACAAAGAAAUAUUCCUUGGGCAAUUGCAUUUGGUAAUCAUGAUGACUUGGCUUCUGGAACCAAUGGUAGUAGAGAAGAUUUAAUGGCAUUCGAUAUUUCACUCGGCAGUUACUCUCAAUUUGGACCUUCUCAAAUCCCAGGUGUUUCAAAUUAUUAUUUACAAAUAUUUGAUAAAGAUGAUAAGUAUCCAAUUUCAAUGGUAUGGGUUCUUGAUAGUGGUGAUGUAGAUAAUAGAUGUGGUCAUUCAAGUAGACUACUUAGAGAGCAGAGUAGGGGUCCAUCAGAUUAUCAAUGUAAUACAUAUAUCACUAAAGAACAAGUUCAAUGGUAUUCAAACACAACAAAGUAUUUGAAGCAAUCAAGCUUAUUCGAUCACAUUUUAUGGUCGGGUGCCUUCUUUCAUAUUCCAUUACAGGAAUAUAUGCUUUUAUGGAACUAUGAUACUUGUCAUGGUUAUAAUAAUGACUCGAUUGCCUGCCAACCUAAAAAUGAAGGACUACUGGAAGAAUUUGUAAAUAAUGGGGAUAUAAGUUUUAUAUCAGUUGGACAUAAUCAUGGAAAUGACUUUUGUGGUACUCUUGAUUCAGUUAAGAUGUGUUAUGGUCGACACAGUGGAUAUGGUGGGUAUGGGACAUGGGAAAGAGGUGCUAGGGUUAUUGAACUGUCCCUUAGUAGUCAAUCAGAAACACCAAAAGUUCAUUUUAACACCUGGAUUACUUUCGAAACAGGCCAACAAGUAUUUAAUCAAUUGCAACAUCGUCCUAAUUCUACAGGAAUCCCACAAACAAAAUGCACAUAA